UGUAAAGAUAACCUCCCCCAAUGCACACUGCUGUCUUUGCUGAUCCCUCUACAGUAUCCUGCUCCUGUCAGAUCAACUUUUUGAUUCUCGUUAAUGCAGAAGUUCUUCAAUGUUCUAACAAUCUUUAAGAAUUAAUGCUGUCAUCAGAUUUGUUAUCUAAUUACCAGAUAAGUUGUGCUGGCUUGUCAUAACCAGUGCUUUAUGAUGAGGAUGACAUUAAAGUUUUAUAGGAUACAUAAUUUAUGGAAAUUGAUUGCCUGAAAAAAAUGUUGCAGACAGUUAUUAGGUUGCAAGCACCAAUUAACAUGGAAAAUGCAAUGUCUCAGGGACAAGGACAGGACAUGUCAAUUUCAAUAAUUUUUAUUGGCUCUAACAUGUAAAAACUAUGUCAGGUUUCUGCUGAAUUUAAUGGUUCAGGGAGAAUUGAUUUUAGGAUAAGUAGCCAACUUCCUUAACAGCUAGUAUCCACAAUCAUAUAAAGCUCCAUUAACUGGGAAUUACUGUUUAGUUUAUACAGUAAAUGUUUUAUUUUUUGUUAAAUUGAAAAUGUGUUACAUCCUUAUGAGGUGUCAAAACUUGUGUAGGUUUAUUAAAAUCAUAGAUUGCUUACCUAUCGAGCUAUACUUGUAGACAAAUAAGCUUUUAGUAGUAUAUAGAGGAUACUAUGUUCUACGUGUUGUGGGUUCUUGAAGCUUGAAAUAGCUAUGGAACGUUGUAUUUACGAGAAAUGCCCGCCAGGUGGCAAUAGGGUAGCUAAUUUAUUUGAAACGCUGAGAAAGCGAGGGUGGAGACAAUUCAACUAAAUUAGAUUGGAAUUAUAAAAUGUGCGUAAUAUUGUGGAGUUGCAACACAAAACCUUGCACCCGGGUAUUGUUAAAAUUACGGGACCGCUUUGCGCGCACUCGCACCCCUUGUCCCGAGUCCUUUGCCAGUGCGCGUGCCCGCAGUUUGGCUGUGCCGUGCGCUUGGAGCAGCUGUCUGUCGGAUAGUAGCGUAGACUCCACACACGGACGAAACAUGGACUUGUUGUGAUUAUUCGCCCUUGAGCAGGAACCCAUCAGUCGAAUUCCACUUUGGUAAAAAUUGGCUAGUGUUUCCUGGGGACUUGGUGUGCGCUUGGUCUCCCGUGGAUCAGUGUGUGUGUUCCACAAACGCGCAUGCUUUCAGCACUGCCUUUGUAUGAGAUGAGACUGGAUUAGAAUCUUCAGUGCAGAAAGGCUAAUUUGGGCUGUAGCCUGACUUUGUGUGUGUUUCGGGUCAGGGAUGUCUCGGGUGGAUUACAUUGCGCCCUGGUGGACUUAUUGGCUUCAUAAUUUCCCUCACAUCAACCUGAGGUUUCAGCCUAUUGACAACAGCUUCCAGCCUGAAGACGAGAACUACCAGCAGUCUCUUAUAUUCCUGGCCUGUGUGGUGGCCGUGGGGCUCGGCCUCAACCUUCUGUGUCUGGCCAUCUACCUGAGCUGUUUGUGCUGCUGCCGCAAGGAUGAUGAGGAGGAGACAAAGAAGCCCAGCUCCUGCUGCGUCACCUGGUCCGCCGUCGCCGCCGGCCUCAUCACAUGCGUCGCAGUGGGUGUAGGUUUCUAUGGCAACAGUGAGACCAACGACGGUGUGUACCAGUUGACCUAUUCGCUGUACAAUGCCAAUCACACACUUGGUGGUGUUGACAGUCUGGUAAGUGGCACCAUGGGCAGCAUGAGAACCGGCCUGCACCAACAUCUUGCCAGACUGGACGAGAUCUUUGCCACACGGGGCGACUACGUUCAGACUCUGCAGUUCAUGCAGCAGAUGGCAGACAAUGUCAUCAAACAGCUGCUGGGUCUGCCGGACUGGGCAGAGGCUAAAGUGGACCUGGCAUCUGUGGCUGACCAAACGGCCAACGUGGAGUACUACAGAUGGCUCACCUACCUGCUGCUCCUCAUCCUGGACCUCAUCAUCUGCCUGUUGGCCUGCCUCGGCCUGGCCAAGCAGUCCCGCUGGCUGCUCACCACGAUGAUGGUGUCUGGUGUGCUGGCGCUGGUCCUGAGCUGGACGUCUCUGGGAGUCGACCUGGCCGCCGCUGUGGGUACCAGUGAUUUCUGUGUGUCCCCUGACAAGUACCUCAUGAGCCAGACAAAAAGCAUCGUCAGUGCUGAUAUUGUCCAUUACUACCUUUACUGCAACCAGACUCUCUCCAACCCUUUCCAGCAGCCACUGACCAUCUUCCAGAGAUCCAUGACCACCAUGCAGAUCCAGGUCCAGAGUCUGCUGCAGUUUGCUGUUCCUCUGUUCCCCACAGCUGAGAGAGAUCUUGUCGGUAUCCAGCAUUUACUGAACUCCUCAGAGGUGGGCCUGCACCAGCUGACUGCUCUGCUGGACUGCAGAGGGCUCAAUAAGGACUAUCUGGAUGCCAUGGUGGGCGUUUGCUACGACGGGGUGGAGGGUGUUCUUUACCUCUGCCUCUUCUCCAUCCUCUCAGCCUGUGCCUUCACUGUCAUGCUGUGCGCUAUUCCCCGGGCGUGGAGACAAAUAGCCUCCAGGGAACAGGAUUACGACGACAUCGACGACGAGGACCCGUUCAACCCACGGGUGAGGAGGACGGGCUCUCAGAACCCCAACCUCAACAACAUGCACAGCUUCUGCAGCUACAGCAGCAGCAUGGGCAGCCAGAACAGCCUGCACCCGCCGGCCCCUGCCGUCUCCAACGCCCCCAUGUCCGAGUACAUGAACCAGACUGCACUGUUUGGUGGAAAUCCCCGGUAUGAAAAUGUCCCACUGAUAGGACGAGGAUCUCCACCUCCUUCGGUAUACUCUCAGCAGUAUAGAAACAGAUACUCCCCGACUAUGAGGGCCACCUAUCUGUCUAUGACUGAGGACCCGAGUAGACACUUUGGAAACAACUUCCAGGGAUAGACUCUCUGAUCUGUCACCACAGGACGUCAACAUCCACACACUCACCCAGUGACUGAGGAACAGUGUAACGUUUAGUCUGUAAAACAUAACCACAUGUAUACUAUUCACUGUGUGACCCACACUUUACCCUUCACCCCCGGGGUCUAUGUCACAGAGCUGUGCCUGCUCUUCUGCCCCUUAGAAUAUGAACUGUAUAAAUCAGCCUUGUCUUUACAUCUGGAAGAGGAACACGUCUGACCUGAAGUCUUCACGUGACACCGAGAAACAGGUGACCGUUUUUAUCCCUUCAUCACAGAUUACAGUAGCAAUUCUAGGAAUUCUGAACGGAUAAACAAGAGAAGAAGAUGGGAAGAUCUGAAGAUGAAAUUGUUUUUCUCUUGAUGCGUGAAGCACAAAGCCCCUGCACUGACAGCACACAGGAGGAAGCUCUGUUCUCACAUCACUGAUUUGCAUUCAUACACAGACAUGGCUGCAAAAUGUGAAGCUUUAUAUCUCCACAGUUACUGGGAUGAACUUAGUGUGUGCACACCACCUGUAAAUACAAGUCAUUGUAUUAUAGUAGACUGUUGUCUUACUACUGUUUGAUUUCCCUAAACGGUGUGCCAUUUGUUUUUAUAUUUUAUAGUUUUUUCUGGCAUGUCACAGUGGAUCACUCUACUUUUUUGUAUUUUUUAAUUCCUAUUGUUGUGUAUUUCUAAUUGGACUAAUGCCAUUAGGCUGUUAUCUCUGCUUCAUGCCAUGUUGCACUAACUGUAGUCAGUGAGUCUUUUCUUUACCAUCGACACAUGCAGCAGUAUAUGAUGAUAUGACUAACAGUGGUUUUAUGUACAGGUAUGAAACGUGCAGUGGCAUCAAUCACAUGUGUGAUUUUUAAUUCGGCAUGUUACACUGUAUAGGCACUAAGACAACUGUCUAAUUCUGUUGUCAUUGUAAGCUGAAUAAAAGUGUUUUACAGUA